CCCCUAAAUCCAACAACAAUGGCGACGUACCCUCCCCUUGCGGAUCGCGAGAUCAAGAACACCAUCUGCCUGUUUGACGUCGAUGGCACUCUGACGCCCGCCCGGCGGAGCGCUUCGCCCGAGAUCCUCAACCUCCUCGCACGACUGCGGCAAAAGGUAGCCAUCGGGUUCGUCGGGGGCAGCGACCUGAUAAAACAGCAGGAGCAGCUGGGGAACAGCACGGGAGUCGACGUGACGUCGCUGUUCGAUUUCUGCUUCGCCGAGAACGGGCUGACGGCGUACCGGCUGGGCGAGGCGCUCCCGUCCAACAGCUUCAUCCGCUGGCUCGGCGAGGAGCGGUACAAGGAGCUCGUCAACUUCAUCCUGCACUACAUUGCCGACCUCGACAUACCCAUCAAGCGGGGCACCUUUGUCGAGUUCCGCAACGGCAUGAUCAACGUCUCCCCGAUCGGCCGCAACGCCUCGGUCCAGGAGCGCAACGACUACGAAAAGUACGACAAGGAGCACGGCGUGCGCAAGGCCUUUGUCGAGAAGCUCAAGGAGCGCUUUGGCCAUUUGGGCUUGACGUUCUCCAUCGGCGGGCAAAUCUCGUUCGACGUCUUCCCCGCCGGCUGGGACAAGACAUACUGCCUGCAGCACCUCGAGAACGAGGCCAAGAAGCCCGGCGGCGUGCAGUACACGACUAUCCACUUCUUUGGCGACAAGACGUUUGAGGGCGGCAACGACUACGAGAUUUACACCGACAGCCGGACCAUAGGUCAUACCGUGACCGGCCCAGAGGAUACCAUGGCGGAGCUGAAGAAGCUGUUUAAUUUGGAGUAGGCAUGGGAAAGGAAGGAAACACAAAAGAAAAACAAAAGCCGGGUUACGGUAAGCUUGGUAGACGAAGAGCAUAAAAGCUUACAGCGUGCGUACGUACAGAUCUAAUAGAUGGAGUUGGCAAGUUGGUAAUCGAAUCCUAUGAUAAUGUCUGCAUGGGCAAUGACAUGGAAAAGGGUAUACAGAAAAAUACACUGUUUAUGCCA